CGGGGCGUCGGCUGGUCCCGGGAGCUCAGUGCGAAAGUCGCUGCCGCCUGGACAGUAUGUAGGAGCAGGCAGGGCCCGACCGCACUCCCACCUCUCUGCCCGCGAGCACCGCCGCGCCCCCUUGCCCAGGACACGCUGCCUCCCCGGCCCCACCAAACGCCACCAUGAAGAAGCAAUUUAACCGCAUGAAGCAGCUGGCCAACCAGACCGUGGGCAGAGCUGAGAAAACAGAAGUCCUUAAUGAAGAUCUCCUACAGAUUGAGAGACGGCUCGACACAGUGCGGUCAGUGUGCCAUCAUUCCCACAAGCGCCUCUUAGCAUGUUUCCAAGGCCAGUUUGGCACAGAUGUGGACAAGCGACAUAAAAAGCUCCCUUUGACUGCCCUUGCUCAAAAUAUGCAGGAAGCAUCUACCCAGCUUGAAGAGUCUCUUUUGGGGAAAAUGCUGGAAUCUUGUGGAGACGCCCAGAAUCUCUUGGCUCAAGAACUCUCCAAACAUGAAGUUUUUGUUGAGAAAGAGAUUGUGGAACACUGGUUUACAAGGCCAAGCUUUGAUUUGCAGUGGAACCAGGCUCAUAAGUCUUCAGGAACUAACUUUCAGGGACUUCCAUCAAAGAUAGACUCUUUAAAAGAAGAGAUGGAUGAGGCCGCGAAUAAAGUGGACAAUGCAAGGUACACUGGCUUCAUAACAACAGCAGAUCAGCUUGCUGCAGACAUGUAUAACUUUGUGGCUAAAGAAGGGGAGUAUGCCAGAUACUUUGUUACGUUAUUAGAAGCCCAAGCAGAUUACCAUAGAAAAAGCCUUAGCUGUUUAGAAAAGGCCCUCCCUGAAAUCCAGGCCCAUCAAGAUAAAUGGGCAGAAAAGCCUGCUUUUGGAACUCCAUUAGAAGAGCAUCUGAAACGUAGUGGACGGGACAUUGCGCUGCCUAUUGAAGCCUGUGUGAUGCUGCUCUUAGAAACUGGCAUGAAGGAGGAGGGACUUUUCAGAAUUGGGGCUGGAGCAUCCAAAUUAAAGAAGCUAAAAGCCGCCUUAGACUGCUCUACAUCUCAGCUGGAUGAAUUUUAUUCAGACCCGCAUGCUGUUGCAGGUGCCUUGAAGUCCUAUUUACGGGAGUUGCCUGAACCUUUAAUGACUUUUAACCUUUAUGAAGAAUGGACAAAAGUGGCCAGUGUGCAGGACCAAGACAAAAAACUUCAAGAUUUGUGGAGCAUAUGCCAGAAAUUGCCAAAGCCAAAUUUUGCCAAUUUCAGGUAUCUAAUCAAGUUCCUAGCAAAGCUUGCACAGACCAGUGAUGUUAACAAGAUGACACCCAGCAACAUUGCAAUAGUGUUAGGUCCUAACUUGCUAUGGGCCAAAACAGAAGGAUCUCUUGCAGACAUGGCAGCAGCAACAUCUGUUCAUGUGGUUGCAGUAAUUGAGCCAAUAAUUCAGCAUGCUGACUGGUUCUUUCCUGAAGAGGUGGAUUUUAAUGUGUCAGGAGCAUUUGUAGGUCCAGCCUCAAACUCAAAUCACUUAUCCCACACUGGGAAUGACUAUGAAACAGGCACUCUGGAAAGGAAAAGGCCGGCCAGCAUGGCAGUAAUGGAAGGAGACUUACUCAAGAAGGAGGGCUUUGGUGUGAAACUUAUGGACUUCCAGGCCAAUCGGCGAUCUGGCACACUCAAUAGAAAGCACACAUCCCCCGCUUUCCAUCCGCCACUCCCGCCCACGGAGGGCAGCACCUUGGCUCCCCCAGGCUCAGAGCCGUCCUCUCACAGCUCUGGGGCUGAAAACAGUACAGGUGGUGUGGCUUUUCCACCCUCUGCUGGCUUACCUGAGCCAGGGUCCAGUCAAGGGAAUGAUGACGGCAGCCCCCCUAAACCCAAGGAGCCUAUGACUACAACGACUGCGGCACCUACGAGAAAUGGGAGUCACAUAAGCACGGGGCAGAACCAAACCCAGUCAGCUGGUAGUUCUAAUCAGCUUUCGGUUGGUCCAACUCAGAAUUCAGCCGGCCCUAGCCCUCAUACCCUGCGCAGAGCUGUUAAGAAACCUGCUCCAGCCCCUCCCAAACCAGGAAACCCACCCCCUGGGCAGCCUGGCAGUCAGAGUUCUUCAGGUGCAUCUCAGCAGCCUCCUUCCAUCUCACCAAAGCCAACCACUCGAAGUCCUUCUCCUCCAAAUCACCACACAAACCAAGCCCCAGGCCAGACACCUACCGCCCCCCAGCUCUCCACACCCAGGAGGUACUCCAGUAGCCUCUCUCCGAUACAGGCUCCGAACCACCCCCCUCCACAGCCCCCAACUCAAGCUACUCCUCCACCUCAGACCAAGCUAAAUAGUCAGGUGCCACCGCAGCCGGUGGCCCCAGCCAGUGAGCAUGGACUGGAGCAGCCAGCUCACAGCCCGCCCCCGACACCUACCCCUCCUGGAACACCGCCUCUGGGGAAACAGGGUUCUGCUCUUCACACAUCUCAAACCCAAGCAGCAAGCAACCCAGAGAUUCCUCAAGCCCAGCAUUCGCCUCCUCACACUGGUACCUUACCAAGACCAAGACCAGUACCAAAGCCAAGGAACCGCCCUAAUAUCCCCCCUCCUCCUCACCCUCCUGGAGCUCAUUGUGGGGAUAGUGGCCUUGUCACCUCAGCCCAGACAUCUUCCAAAAUAGUCACUGACUCCAAUUCUAAUGUUCCAGAACAGCUUCGCAACCUCUUUCCUGAAAUCCACAUGGAGCCAGCGAGCAAGGACCUGGCCAGCCGCCUAUUGCUGGACAUUGAGAAUGAUUCAGAGAGCACUGCUUUGUGAAGAAAACCUUUGAGUGCUUUGACCCCUUUCCUUCCCUUUGAGUAGAGAAAGGAAAACUGAACUCCUCUCCAUCCAGACCAAACAGUGAAAAGCUUUCAGUAGAGAUAACGGCCCUGCUAUGCAGGGUCUUUCCUGCUACGUAGCAAGAAGAGACAAUGGGGCUGUCACUCAAAGCUAAAUGAUCUGGGUCUUGAAAAAGUUGUAUUUUCUUUAGUUGGGAGAGGGAAAAAACCCCCCAAAAACAGGGCUGAAAGAAUCUCGCUGCGGAAACUUACAUAGGAAGCUUUACAUGCUGCUGUUAAUACAGCUGUUCCAAAUGAAUAAGAAGCAAUGCAUUAACUAUUUAAUAAAAUACACUAAUUAUGCAAGCCUCCUACUUCCUGCCCCUUGGGCUUUUAUUCCUGAACAUUAGACCCUAUGUUAGAGGAACUGUCUUAUAAGAAAUGUUACUCUACCUGACUCAGUGCAGAAUGAUUUUGUGCCCCCUGGUGGUGACUGCUGGAUCUGUCACCCUGUCAAACUGGAUGUGUCUAGUGCCUUCUGGGACUGUUGGACUGUAGAAAGACAUGUAUUGUUCCUUUUUUUUUUUUAUUUAAUCAUUUCAUUGCUACUUGAUAAGGACUGAACAUUAUUCUAGCCUCAUGGUUAAUUUGAAUUAACUGUACCCUUUGGUUUAUAUGAAACUCAUAUCUCAAGGCAAAAUGUUGGGUGUGUUUGCUUUUGUUGAGUGUCAUUUAAACAUCAUGGGAUUUGACAUCUUAGGGAAUCUCUUGAUUUCUCCUGGUUCUAAGUCGAAUUUAAAGCAUCUAUAAUAACAACAAUAGCUUACAUUUAUGUAGCAUUUUAAGGUGUGCAAAGCUCUGUAAAGUAGUUUCUCGUAACUAUCCUGAGAGGUAGGUGCUGUUAUCAUUCCCAUUUACCCAGGACAAAGCCUCAGCUCACACAGCUAGUAAGUGGUGAGGCAGGAUUCAGCCUCCAAAUGACCCCCUAACCGUGCUGUUUCUUUAUUCCAAUUUAUAAGUUCCUAAAUAUCCCUUUUCUCUUCCUCCCCAUCCAAAAUAAUAACAUCAUUCAUUUAAGUGACAUUACACUUCCCACACAUAAUUUGCUCUUCAGCACUCCGAGGUAGGUGUUUGCAAGUAUUAUCUCCAUGUUCUAUUCGGGCCCAAGGAAGUGACCUGACUUGCCCAGUCCCAUUGCUAGUAAGUGGCAGAGCUGGGAUUUAAGCCCAGAUCUUUGGCCAAAGGACAACGUUCCUGUGACUUACUCUCAUUUUUGGAGAAUGGAUUGGUAAUUACUCCCAUUGACUAUAGAAUAAACAAAGGUUAUUCUGCCUGCUGCUAAUGAGUAUAUAGUGCCUUCUUAGAGACAUAGCUGUUCCUCUAUAUCAUUCCUACGGGUAGAUGUCUCAAAACAAGUUUUUCCCCCGCUUUUGUGGGGCAAUGAGGGUUAAGUCACUUGCCCAGGGUCACACAGCUAGUGUCAAGUGUCUGAGGCUGGAUUUGAACUCAGGUCCUCCUGAAUCCAGGGCCAGUGUGUUAUCCACUGCGCCACCUAGCUGCCCCUCAAAACAAAUUCUUAAUAAGUACUUACUACCUUUGAAAAUGCUGCUACCUGGGCUAAGCCUAAGGAGGGAGUUUUAACCAUUACUCCUGGAGAAGAAAGCAUAUUAGUCAUUUAACCUAGUAUUACUUGUUGUUGUUGAGUCUUUUCAGUCGUGUCUGACUGUGACCCCAUUUUUGUGGUUUUCUUGGCAAAGAUACUGGAGCGUUUUGCCAUUUCCUUCUCCAGCUCAUUUAACAGCUGAGGAAACUGAAGCAAACAGGGUGAAAUGACUUGCUCAGGGUCGCACAGCUAGUAGUGUCUGAGUCCAGGUAUUUUCCACAAUUCAUACUCCCUUACAGUUUGGAACAUUUUCCCCUACCAGCCCAAAAGAGUGAUAAUUUUUUUUUCUGUUUUCCAUUUUUGUGAAACUUGAAAACUAAAUAAACUAACAUCCUUUGCUAGACAACUAACAAAUUUACCUUUCCUAAGGUACAGCAGAGCCUUUGUAUUGAAUUUGCUAAUUAUACUUUUCUGGUAUAGGCUAAAUUAAUCUAGCUGAAUCAUUAGUUUAUAUAGCUGUGUAUACACAUCUACAUAUAUGUGCAUGUGGACACAACAGCCCCCAUUUACUAUACACAUAUUUAUGUUUAUAUACACUUAGAAACCUAGACAGCCUUGAUUACAGAUACCAAUACAUUGAAUUGUUAGCCUAGUUCCUUUUCAAAACAAUUUCAGAACUUCAAACAUGCUAUCCAUAAUGGAAAUUCUAACUCAUUUGCAUUCAUUCAAAAACAGCAAUAAUAUGCACUAAUAACUCUUUAAAAUAAAUAUGCAAGUCAUAGAGGAAACAUACAAAGUUCCUAACAUUGGCCAGUGGUUCUUCCCUAUUGAAGAUAACAGUUGGUCUUAUUUUAUUCUAGUAAAAUAAUCUGAUUUCAUUAAAGUCCUUAGUUCUUGCAAAGAUAUGGACAUAUAUUUUAACUUUCACAGGGAGCAAGAUUGAGUCAAGAAAUAUUCAAGGUAUGUAGUGCCACUUGCUUAUGCUUACAUAAUGGACAUGUAAACAGCCAUGAUUGAUGAAUUGCUGCUGCCCAUGUGCGAGUGGGAAUAACAACAAAUACAAAUUACAUCAGCAACAGUGCAUUCUUGAGUUUAUGUGGACAGUCAUGUACUUGGAGCAAAAUUAUUUCCCAUAAGCUCCACUAUUCCCCUUUUCUUAAGUGUUCACCUUUCUGCCCCCAACUCAGCCAUUUCACACACACACACACACACACACACACACACACACACACACACACACACACACACACACACGUCAUUCUCUCUCCCAAAAUGAGAUAUGCAACACACUUCCCAGAGACCCCUCUUUGAGUUUCUGUGUUGUAUCAUCUCUUAGUGUGAUUAAUAUGUAGGAAGAAGAAAAUUUGAAGCAUAUACACAAUGGUGAUGAAGUCUGUGGCCAGAACAGAGAAGUAGCUGAUAUCUCCCCUUGUGGAUAAACAGGGGGAGACAUUCUUCUCACUCUUUGGAAUGCUAAGGUGCUUUUCUUGCAGGAUCUUUUAUAGCCGGCUCAGUUAUGUUAUUUUUAUUCUCUACCUUAGUUAAACUAACAUGCUUCAUGCUUCCCCUCUCAGGUAAUGACAUUUUAGUUUUUCUUACGAGAAGGGAGAGAAAAAGAUGUGAAAGUAGCUGACUAGUUUUUAUUUUGUUUUUUUAAAAUGUAAGCUCACAUAUUCGUUUUUCCUUUUUUUUUCUUUUUAACAUAGUAUUACCCCCUCAUUUUGUACUUAGUGCCACAUAUUUCUAUGGAGAAUGCAUGGUGGCCAAAAUGCAGACCAUGUGUGGCCUUGCAGGUCAGGCAGGCCAGUGGCCAAAUAGAGAAGUAGCAGUAGCCUUUUAUGUAUAUAAGAAUGUUACCAGGUUGGCAAUCAACAAUAGUAGCCUUAAUUAGGCGUGUCCACACUUUGAGGACACGAGAUUCUGUGAUCAUUCCAUGAUGACAACGAACUGUUGUAGAAUCAACAGAGUUUCCGAGUUGGAAGAGACAUCAGAGACUGUGUAAUCCCUUCCCACCUCUGCUUGAACAGAGCAGUGAAAUAAAGGAUCAACAAAUCAGUGAUGUCCAAAAAUUAAAUGGGCUACCUCCUAUACGGCUGGUCCUUUAUUCCACUGAUAUGACAUCAGUCACUCUGAAUGUACAUAGAGUAACCCUGCAUAUCAGUAAUUCUGGGUGGUCGAGAGAGAGAGAGAGAGAGAGAGAGAGAGAGAGAGAGAGAGCGCGGGAGCGAGCACGAGCGUUUUGGCUCUUGGAAGACUGGAAUAUAUACAUACAUAUAGAGAGAGU